AUGAACUAUAACUACGACGUCCAAGAAGAGCAGUGGAUGGCCUUGCCACUAUCCAAUCGAGCUGUCUCCCUCGAUAUUUCACGGAGCAUACCUACGUGGUCUCAUCCUGGGCCACUAUCAGCGCCGCAGCUACAAUGGUUCAUGGAUCCGUCAAGGCGCAGUGAAGUGCCAGAAACACCAACUCAGUGGGUUAUGGAUGCUUCUGCCCUUGACCACACUUUACACCCGUCAACGACAUGGACAAUGAACUCUUCAAGCUCCAAGGAUCCCUCGAUACCAUGGACAAUAGACUCUCCAGGCCUUGGGGACUCUACAAGCUCAUCAAUGCCUUGUAUUAUCGAUACAUCAGGUCUCAAAUGCUUUCCUGAGCCACAGAUACCAGGUCUUCUCGGGCCUCCUAUUCUUCCAAGCCCCUCAGAACCUCUGACUCCAACGUGCUCAUACAUUCCUGACGUACCCAUGGGACCUUCUCGCGACAAGCCGGUCCUUUCUUCCCCUGGAAGCAGCAGCCACCAUCUAAAUUCACCCCCCGAGCUCCUUUUCGUCCACACCACGCCUGCUGAUUCAACCUCUCUUUCACACGCUAAGCGUCCAGUUCCCGGAUACAGAUCGACGGCGCGUCUCACAACCGCACAAGGCUCUCGACGACACUAUCACCAACACGUCAAAAGAUUCUUUUGCCACUACGAGAACUGUCCCCAGUCAGAGCCUGACCCGCAGAGCCCUAGUAAAGGAGGCUUUACCACUCGAAAGGAUCGAGACAGACAUGAGGCCAAGCAUAAACCGGAAAUCAGGUGCCACUGGCGAAAUCAACAAGGCGAGCAAUGCACACGGUUAUUUAGCCGUAUGGACAACAUGAGGGAUCAUGUUCGAAGAAUCCAUCGCCGAAAGUUCUAG